CUGGAUGAGAUAUCAAAGCGUCUUAAUCUCUGUACUGAGCUUAAAACAGAUGCCGAUUUGAACUGGGCAUUGAAGUUGACCCACAACGCUUUCACACUUUUCGCCAUGAUGAACUACCCUUACAAGACCAAUUUUCUUACUGAACUGCCACCUAAUCGAGUCAAUGUCUCUUGUAAUCUUUCCAUCGAAUCUGACCCCCUUUUUGGUACGUGCCAUCUAUGCAUUAUACUCUUGAGGUCUUAUGGGAUUAAGUUUGAACAUGAGUAA